GCGCUGGUAACCCGGCCAGUCGCAGCCGAGCGUGCGGUGGGUGGACAAAUACCUAGCCCACAAAAUGGAUUUUGAACCGAAUACCACUCGUGAACUAUAGUAAACGUAUAAAAUAAUAACCAAACGAUGUUUCGUGUGCGGUUAUAACACACGCACCAAAAAACAAAUAGUGUAUUUUUUUCAUCGUCAAUGUUUCGCAGAUUAUAAAAUGAUACUGGCCGGAGCGGCGCUCGGGUCGAGGUGAGACGCGAUCCGGUUCGAGUCGACGCGAGCACAACUAGCGAAAAAUGCGCUGGAUAUUUCCCGUGCCAGUUCUGCUCAUGUCCUGGUUCGGAGUGGACCAAGUUAAAGGAAACUCCUGCAUCAGAACCGCAUUAUGGGCACUAAGUCUGAGCCCCCUUAUUCAGGCGGAAUGCCAAACCCGCACAAUCUACUGCUACGAGUGUGACAGCUGGACCGACUACCGCUGCAAGGACCCGUUCAACUACACCGCGUUGCCGCGGGACCAGCCGCCAUUGCAGACUUGCAACGGGUGCUGCGUCAAGAUGGUGCGAUACUCAAAAAGCCCGUACGAAGUCGUCCGUCGCACGUGCACCUCCCAGCUUCAAAUAAACCUGUUCAUGGUGGACCACGUUUGCAUGAUGGAAAGUACGGGGACGGGGCACAUGUGUUUCUGCGAAGAGGAUAUGUGUAACUCCGCGCCUGCAGUCGACACUCCUUUGGCCCUCACUGCAUUAGCGAUUCUAGCAUGUGCAUGUAUAAGGUGAAGUAGACGUGUCACACCCAGUUGGGUCAACCGAAACCCUCGAGUGAACCAAUUGGAUGACCCUAGCUGAUUUACUCUUCGUCCAAUAGUAGCUGUAGCCUAGACUAGAGCUUAUUUGAAAGGAAGCUAGCAAUGGUUUUGAUUAGCUUUUGCUGAUGGAAUAAGCACGUAUCAUCAUCAUUCGAUUUACUAACGAUUUUCCAAAUUUAAAAUAGCGUGUAUAUAAUGCUCAGUAAUAGUGAUGCGACGAUCUCGGAACGGUUAUAUCGACGCUUCACUAACGGUCGUUUUGGCCCGAUUUGCUCAUAGAUGCACUUUAAUAGACGUGUGACACCUUAGAUAGAUAACGAAAUGGAAUGAACUAGCGAGAACUGCCGUAUGAAUUAGACGGAAAUUAUAAAUCUUAAUUAAAGUAGGUUAGGUGUAAUGUAAUUCGUAUGGCAAUAAGCUACCGCCACUGUGUAAGUCGAGUAAAACGGUUGUGUUUCAUGUUUUGUAAGUAGAAGACAGGAUAGGGUCAUUUGAUUCGACGUGAUUCUAUUUUCUGUCUUUGUCUAUCGGUAGUGAGUGGAUGAAGACAAAAUAUAGUUUAGCAGACUGAAAUGACCAAUAUAAUAGAAGCACUUAGUUACCUGAGAGUUUUAUAAGAGAUACAAAAUAGGUGAUACUGUCCAAUCGUAACCUGCGCGUAGGCAGGCCGGAUCCAUAGGCGCGAGUUGACGUUAGCAAUCAAUUAUAGAUUGAGCCAUAGUUUUGCAGGUAGACGACGCUAUUGAAGGACUGGUUGGGGAUGAUUUGUAGUUUUUUUAUCGUAAAAACUCAAGAAUAUUCAGAUCAUUAUAAUUUAAUUAACACUUUUUUCAUUAUAUCUAGCUUAUUUUGGCAAUUUUCCCAAUUUAAAAAUCGCUAAUCGAGCUCAGUGCGUUGUUUUUUUGACAUAAGCAUGUUUUCUUUUGUUUUUGCUGGAAAGUCAAAGAUUUCGAGUGUGGUUUGCUUCAAAGAAUUAGCGUAAGGAACAAACUAAAAGCUAGAUUCGUAUAGUAGAACGCUAUGCGGUUAAGUAAGGUUAAAUAUAGAGUAAUUAUUAUACGAAAUUAAACACCAAAUAAAUUUUAAUCGUUAAUGUAUAAUAAUAUUUUAAUUGUUAAGUUUUCUGCUUAGUGUUUUAUAAUGAGAUUGGUUAGCAGAGGGCAAAAUGCAUUGAUAGAGGUACAAAUUUGUGUUAACAGUAAUAUACCUAGGAGUUAAACAGCAACAAAGACUGUUAUGUAUAAUUGGAAUAUAUCUCGGACCCAAAUACAUAAAUAUUUUAUAUGAUAAAUAAAGAAUAAUGGCCAAUUAAAAGUGACCUUGUCGGAAUGCAAAUAUAAUAUAAGAAUAAUAAUUCAAUAGAACGGAAACUAUAUUGAGUGUUAAGCAGCUGUUUUUUAUCGAUACUUUUGUCGACUAAGGCACACUUCACGUCCCUAGUGUAUCUGAAAAAUCCCAAUUGAGGUGUAAUCAUAUUGCCGCAUGGCGUCCACGUGGCAAUAUAAAUAUGCCUUUAUCGACAAUAAUUUCUUUCGUGGCUUUGUCGGAUUUAGUUUCGCUAGCACGUGCUGGGUGCAUUAUAAAGAAUGUAGUUGAUAUAUAGUUGAUUGUGGUGCGCCCAGCACAAUUAGGGAUCCUCAAAACGUCACACAACCCCGUAACUGUCUACACGUCCUUCCGAACUCCUAACAGUCUUUGCUGAUUUGUUUUUUAUGAUUAUUUUUAAUUUACUGGCAUGCUGAGAUAUGUAUGCGUGAAUAUAGUUUAAUCCAGGCCUUAUGAGUACUAUAUUAGUCAUUAUAUUGUAAGGUAAAUAAGAGUUCAUCUCCGAUUCGAAGAAGAGGCUAAUUUAUGGCUUUUUGAAUUAAAUUAAAUUAAAUUAUUAAUUAAAACUAUUUUUACAUGCCGUGAGAAAGCAAUAUUUUAAAUAUACAAAUACUUAGUUGGUUUAUUAGCAACUGCUCUAGUGUAUGAAAAUUACAGUGAGAAAACCAGUGAAACUAGUAUAACAAUAGUUAAACCAAAUCGCAUCGAUUAUUAUAGUUAGAUACCGGUAUAUAUCGAUAAAUAUAUAGACACUUGGUGCAUCACUAGGAUACUGCCAAGAGGUUCAGUGUUGCCAGUGCAUUAAAAUGUAAUCCACAAAGAGUAGAAUAAUGCAUACCACGGUAGUUCCUUUACAAAUCCACAGAGCGUUAUUUAAGCAAUUAUAACUGCAAUAUUUGCCGGCGUUUUACAAGCGGCACCUUAUAAUAAGUAAAGUUAUUUUUGCUUUGAUUUACCUCUGUAUAUAAAUAUAAUAUAAUAAUGAGUGCAAAGCAUAUAAUAGAUAAUUUGGUAUGUAAAUUAAUUAUGGAGAUAUAGAUACAUAUAAUAUCAUAUGAAUAGAAAUAAUCUUCCUAUAAUUGUUAUUAAUUAUUUAGUAAUAUUUACCUGACACUUGCGUGUCACCUUUGAGUAUAACUAUCACCUAAUUUUAUAGAAACACUUGAAAUGAAAAUUAUAUAAUUAAGAUUUAAGUUAAUAAAUAACCAUUUAAGUGUAAUUUUGUUUCAAAACAAUUUCAAGUGUUUCUAUAAAAGUUGUAGGUCUUUUACCUCUAAAAAUAUCACAAUCAUUGCAUGUGGUAAAGUUAAAAAUUUUAAGGCUAGCAACAAUGUUAUGGUAUAGGCGGUCAGGCAUGCGUCACUGCACUGUAGUGGGGCCACAUCCACCCAGCCGCUACACUUGGAAUGCUACGAACGACCCUAAAAAACUAUCAUUUAAAUUAGCUGUCAUAACUUAAAAAACUACGUCCGAAAAAACUACCAAAUCACAAUAUGCUGCCAGUAAAUGUACUAGUGGUAGAAAUGUGUUCAAAUGAUGGCUAUUUUAAAUGAGUAUCGUAUCUAGAAUUUUUAUUCUGAGAGCUGUUAAGACAUAAGUACUACAUUUUUAUCCUAUUCGCUUUAAUUUAAUAUAAUAGUGAUAAAUCUAAAAUUGUAAAUGUAGUGUUGGGACACAUUUUUUACGGUUGUCGAUGUUUCCGAUUAAUUAAAUUAGUGGUUUAAAUUUUUUUCGACGGCAACCGUUUCGAAAUGUGUUCCAUCACAUUUAUUUAAAUUAAACUUCUUUCUUCACCUUCUAAUUAUUGCAUAUCACGCAUUUAGAUUGACUAGCUGUUCUGAAAACUAACGUUACAUAGUCAAUUAGAGUUUUAACAUAUCUAUGCAGAAUUGGGCUUAAUUGUUGAUCGGGGGCCAUUUGGCCCCCAUUGGGGUUUGUUCAGCAUGAGUUUAUUUUUUGAUAAUAAUAUAACAAACGUCUUACGGACAAAAUUACUUCGCCUUGGGAAAGCUUUAAAAUACACAGAAAUGUAACAUUUAUGAUUUAAUAUUAUUUUGAGAGUGACAAAGAGAAGUGCCUGAUACAAACGACAAAAUAUAAUGAUAGUGCUGUUACUUGUGUGACAAGGUAAUUAAAUUAUCGGUAAAUUUUAUCGAUAUUGUCCUUACAUUGCAGUUACGAACAUAAGCGCGGUAAUUUUGUCCGUAAGUUAUGGAAAAAUACAAAAAAUAAUAACGAUUGCACUUUUGAUUUUUGGAAACACUAACCGGCUGAAGCUUUGCGGGUAAUAUAAAGGCCAGUUGAGUCUACUGCUCGCCGACCAUCGAUAGGGCCACAGAACAAGCGUUUUAGACAAGAGAACAAUACUUCAUCAACUAUCUUCAUAUACGCCUCACAAUAAUUGAAGCUUAUGUUUGGCUAAAAUUCGACCAAUCGUAGAUUUAGAUCAAUGCUUCAAAAUUUCUCAAUUGAUUGAGGUUUCCCUUACGUUUAGAGGGAAAAGCAUGAAAAUUAAAAUCUUUUAAUACACUGAACAUUAUGAGCUUCGUAUUCGUCGUUCUCUUACUGGCACUUGAACAAAGUAUCAGUGUUGAUGGUGAGAGAGGAAAAAUCUGAAGAGGCUGGAAUCUGAAGGAAUGGCUUUCAAAUAUGAAACCAAGUCUAGGUCUUAUCGACCUGUAUACAAGCGCAUUUGACUCGCCUAAUUUCGAAAUGUUGGUCAUCACUCUGAUAUUUUGUUAACCACUGUUAUUGAUUAUUUGUUUAUCAAGUAAAUAAGUUGACAAUACAAUAUCAGAGUUUAAAAGACAGCAAGGUAAGGUGAAAUUCACAUGAAACAUCAGUCACAAAAAGGUAUAAAAAUCUCGCACCAAGAAUGCUUGUUCUCUGGCCCUAUUAUAAACAUACUGUGGUCCGUUUUCAUUUUUUUCUCAUGUCAUCUGUUGGUCCGAAAUGAAUGGAAAAACUAUAUUUAAGUUUAUUUCUAAGUAACCAUUCCGUUUGGGACAUUUCAUGUAUAAUUUUUGAUUUUAUCUGGCAGUUAUUGUGAAUACUAAAGAAACGAUAUUGUAAAAUAGAAAAUUUGCCUUUACUACUUAUUUGUCGUCAACAGUCACCACAAAAUUGCGAAAUUCUCCAAUAGAUUUUGAACUUUAUCUUU